AUGUCUGUGUACCACGAGCAGAACCUGUUGAGCGUGUUGGAUUACCUGGAACUGUGGUUACACGAAGGUUGCUGGGUGUGGCUUCUGACAGUCUUACCACAGUCCCAACAGAAAGAAGAACUCAGAAUCACCACUGGGAAACGAAGUCUAAAGAUGAGAUGCAAAAUCCUCGCUAGUUUCCUUCUGCUCUUCAGCGUUUCCAGCAGAGGGGCAGUCUCUGGAGACAGUGUGACCAUCUUGGGUGCCUUGGGUCGUGAUUUCAACCUGACCAUCCCUGGCUUCCAAAUGACUGAUGAUAUUGAUGAAGUACGAUGGAAAAAGGGAAAGACUCUGGUUGCAGAGUUUAAAAGGAAGACGGAAUCUCUUGGGAAAUCAAAGGCAUUUGAGAUAUUAACAAAUGGAGCCCUGCAAAUAAAAAAGCUGAAGAAAGAUGACAGCGGCACCUAUAAUGUGAUAGUGUAUGACACAAACGGGCAUAGCAGGCUGGAGAAAACUUUUGAAUUGAAGAUUCUAGAGAUGGUCUCAAAGCCAGUGAUCUCCUGGGAGUGCAGCAGCACAACCGUGACGUGUAACAUCACCGAGGGAACAGAGGUUGAACUGAGGCUGGAGCAAGGGAGGAAACAUCUCAUAAGCCUCCAGAAGAGCACCGUGAGUCACAAGUGGACCAGCCUGAACGCGCCGUUCACAUGCACGGCAGCGAACAGGGUCAGCAAGGAAUCCACGACAGCUACUGUCACCGGCUGUUCAGACAGAGGGCUGCACUUGUAUUACAUAGCGGGGGCCUGCUCAGGAGGCCUUCUCUUGGUGGUCCUUGGGGCACUGCUUAUUUUCUGUAUCUGCAAGAGGAGGAAACAGAACAGAAGGAGAAAAGAUGAAGAGCUGGAGAUAAAAGCCCCGAGAACGAGCACUGUGGAAAGGGGCCCGAAGUCCUACCCAACCCCAGCAGCGGCGUCUCAGAAUCCAGUGGCUUCCCAAGCUCCUCCUCCACCCAGCCAUCACCGUCCCUUGCCUCCGAGCCACCGUACCCGUGAGCCGCAGCACAAGAAGAGACCGCCUCCAUCAGGCACACAGGUUCACCAACAGAAAGGCCCUCCCUUGCCCAGACCUCGGGUUCAGCCAAAACCUCCCUGUGGAGGUGGAGAAGAUGCUUCGUUGCCACCCCCUAAUUAAAAGGACAGAAGCUGUCAUUGCCAAUAAAAAGCUGUGUGGAGCUCUC